AUGGAAUCCAGAUCGCCAUCAAAAACACGUGAAUGUAAUCGUCACGAGAGUGAACAUGAAGAGUAUGAAUCAACGGCUACGCCAGAUUUCGAUUCAUCAUAUAGUCGCUACGAAUCAAUCCGUGAAGCCAGCUCCAACCGGUUCAGACCACACUUAUUAAGAUCGCUAACUUCGUCCGGUAAAUCGACCGUAGAGCCAGUGCUUAGUGGAAGUGCUGCUAAUCGACUGGAGAGAACAAAGUCAUCGUCAGUUGUCUGGGCUUCCGGAUCAACGGCAACUGGUUCGUAUUCACCGAUAGUCGAACAAAUUCUUGGAGGGCGACUGAAAAGAAGACCAAUUCGAGAUCACCGC